CAGCCCCUGCCCCCAACUUCGCCUUCCCGAUUUCCCUCUUCCCUCCUUACACGCAAAAACCACACGGGCUGCCAAGGUUAUAGGAUAUCUCAGCCAUUCGUUCAAGUUCCCCUCUGACGAUAAUCCUCCACGGGCCCCAGUCAAUCUUUCUUUUUUUGUGCGUCACACUCACUCAUUUGUUUUGCCUCUUCAGGCCUCUUUCUCCUUGAUAUUCUGUUUUCGCUCGUUUCGUCGCUCUCUACAAUAAAAACACGAUAUUAGUCGAUCAAUCGAACCGCGACAGGGGAUUUCCCCCCAUCGACUCGUUUUGAUCUACCGAUUCGCCCCAUCUCGUUCGACACGAGCUUCGAAUACUGAUUCAACCCGGUUACAACCUAGAUUCCGAUCAAAUACAAACUUUACCUCGCAGAUAUUCCCGCGACGCUCUUCAGGAUGUUCAAGCGCUCUUUCCGGUCCAAAGACGCCGGAGCCAGCGGCGGCAUGGACACGCAACAUCGCGUGGACAAGUCGUCGAGGUUGACGAGGAAAGGAGGUGCCGGUGGCGGUGGUUCGAGCUCAGGACGAGACCAACAGAAGCUGUCGAAACUACAAAGGUCGUUCUCAACCAAGAAAGAGGAACCUGCGCGCGCUAGCGCCAAGUCCCUCGCCCCCUCACCCAUCGUCACGCUAGCCGUGGGCGAGGAAGGACGACUCUUUGCGGCGCACGAGGAUGUCCUCAGCCAGAGCCCUUUCUUCGAGGAGCUUUGCAGAGGUCAGUACCUUGAGGCGCAGAGCAAAAGAAUUUCUUUACCGGAGGAGGAGCCGGAAGUGUUUUCCGGCGUGCUGGAGUACCUCUACAAGGGCGACUACUAUCCGCGCUUGCUUCACAACAAGCACCGAAACUCUUGGGAACUCGAGGACUCCAACGCAACAACAUCACGCCGAACCACACCGCAAACUUCCCCCAACCCCAACGAAAACAACCGAGGUGGCCGCGCGAGCGGCGGUGGCAACAGCUACCAACCAGUCGAGGCGACCGUCUACGUGGCCGGCGAAGGACAACACGUGCUGCGCGACACGGCCAUAUACUGCGCGGCAGGGCGGUACGGGCUUGAGGAGCUCCAGCGGUUGGCUCUGCGCAAGCAGGGCCUCCAGUCCGGCAUCGACGUCGGCACCAUACUCAGGUCAGCCCGGUACUGCUACGCGCACACGCCCGACUCGGACAGCCGCCUGCGCGCCCACUACCUUGCGCUCAUCAUCCGAUGCAGGCGCACUUUCAAACGGAGCGGCACCAUGCAGGCCGAGAUGGAGCGCGGUGGAGAGGGCUCCAAGAUGUUUUUUGACCUGUUUGUCGCCAUGUGCAACCACCUCGACGAGGUCAUCGAGGACGGCAACGCCGGAUCCCCGAGGCUGAUCUGAAAGGGUUUGCUUGACUGAUUCCCGUCCAGUUUCCUGCGGAGAUGGGCGGAAUCGGCGUGGUCUGGCCAAAUCAGGUCCUGCGGGACUUUUCCCUUGGCGUUUGAACCGAUUCCAGGAACACACCUGGGACAUAGCAGCAGAUUGAGAAGCGAGCUUUGCGUUUACGGGACAACCGAGGAUUUUUUGAGCCUAGGUUCUGGUCAGUUUCGCCUCGGGCGAUCCCUCCCCCAAUCUUGGUUUGUUUGGGCGUUCUUUGGCGUUUCUCUCCUUGUUUUGCUUUUUUGCUUUGUUUCCUUACUCGCUUGCAGCUCCCCCAAAAGUAUGGUUCAUCAGAUUGGAAACACCAUUUGGGAGAUGCCUUUGUUUUUGCUGCAAUUUAUUGCCACAAGGACAUUUCAAAAGUCAUUCUUCACUUCUUCAAAUCGAGGUUGGCCGACCCAGUCAUUUUCACGAUGAACCAUUCAGAAAGGGGGGGGGGGGGUGAGAGGGGAAACAUAACAUGGGCAAUUAAUCGAGGGAGGUGUGUCAAGCAACAGAACCCCGUCCGACCAGACAGGUACGGAUCAAAACACCCAGCCCUGGUGAUCCUGUCGGAAAUUACCCCUAGCCCAUUACCCCCUCUACCUUCUUGGAUGGCUUUCUUUUUCUUGAUCUCUUGUCCUGCGUGCAUUUUCUUGUUUUUUUUUGCUGUUCCGCCUAAUGAUACCCCGUUGUGGAUUUUUCAUUCCUGACUUUGCUAGUACGCUUCUUCUCUACGCCUGUUCAGUUUUUGGGUGUUUGUUUUCCAGUUCAGGUUUGGGAGAGGAGAGUCGAGAGCGAGGGUUGACGGAUGCUUUUAUCCUGGAGCAACUUUUUUGGAGCUCUUCUUGUCUUGCGACAACACAUGCCCGGCGUGUUCAACCAUCUUGAUCACCCCAAACAACAAAAACAAAACAAAACAAAAAAAAAUCCCAACGACCAAAGACCAAAAAAAAGUACAAGCACAUUUGGCGUUGCUUUGUUUUUUCUUUCUCGACGGCGUCUGCUGGUUAAGGAUACUCUUCUCUUUAUUUGGUUUCUACUCUUCGCCCCUCUCUCAGAGAGAGAGGGCUGGAACGACGAGAUUGACAACAAACUCCACUCGAGGGGACUUUCGGUGAUGAGGAAGGAAAACGGGAUGAGAGGAUGAGAGGAUGGAAUAAUGGGAAUGGUAGUGAUCCCUGGGGAUCCCCGUCAAGAAUACCAGUCUCCCAAGUCUUCUCAAUAAGAAAAUAACGACAUACCUACUUUUGUCUCCUUUCCGCACCCAUCGAAAAUCCCAAAAACAAAUCACCACUCUUUCUGUACCAAUUCCCUUUGUCAAAACCAUUGGAAGGAGGAAGCAGAUUGUGAGAAGGAAGGAAGGAGCAAAUGGGAAGAGCUGACCUUUUUGUUGGAGAUGACGGGGAAGAUCCAGGGGCUUUCCUUAUUUUCGCAUGGAGCUGCCUAGCGCGGGCAUAAUUUUUCUCGACUUCAUUUGACAUGACGAUUUGAUGAGACUUACGAUAGAUUGCGAUAGAGCUGCUCAUCAGACGGGCUUGUAUUCCCCCUUACCAUCCCUAGAGGGUGUGUAGGGGGAGAAACAUGACAACGCCCCGCGCGAGGUUCUUUGAUGCCCUCCGCUUGAAGGGUUUUGAGGUAAUGGGAGAUUCGGCCACCUCACCAAAUUGUGCCAAGAAUGGAUAUGCGUGACCAAAGCGGUAUUUUUACAAGGUAUGAUAUAAUAUAGGCUCACCUUGGGUGUCUUAUUGCUCCUUUUGAUUUCAGUCCAUACCAACCCCUCUCUUUGUCCGUGGGGCGGCAA